AUGGGAGAUGAGCAGCCAGCUGCUCUUCCUGACGCGAAAUCUAGAAAUUCGGAUGGACAGCUCCCUCACCUUGUUAAUAUUCAGUUUAAGAGAAAGACAACAAUACAGGAUGUAGCACUGUACACAGAUUUCAAGUUGGAUGAAAGCUACACCCCGACUAGAAUCUCAGUCAGGGUGGGAACUAAUUUCAACGAUCUACAAGAAAUAGAGGUGAUAGAUAUAUCUGAACCGAACGGGUGGAUAAUAAUACCUUUAAAGGAUAUGAAUGACAAGCUGGUUAGAACCUUUAUGCUGCAGAUAGCAGUUCUACAAAAUCAUCAACAGGGUCGAGAUACACAUAUGCGGCAGAUAAAGAUCCAUUCUCCUGUCCAGAACCAACCCGUCUCAUCAGCUGACUUCGCAACCUUCGCAAACCCAGACUUUAAACAGUUCCAGAGUAUCAGAUGAUCUAAUUUAUCCAGUUUUUUAGAUUUAUUGACGACAAAUUUUGAGGUUAUUUUGUGACUAUUUUCAGAAAA